AUGGUUCAAUAUCAGAAGACAUAUGAUGAAAGAGAUGAUCAGAAAGAUUUCCCGAUUGCUCCUAGAUUAACAGCUCAUAAGGAAAAUGUCUUACAGCUGCAGGAAGAUAAUCUAGGCAUGUGGACCCCCUCAAUGCAAUACGACAUUGCUCACCGACGGAAUGUUUGGGAACACCGCAUGCCUGACGGCUCUAUGGCAGAUGUUGGGACUUUAAACAAGACAUUAGCAGCUCAAGCCUUAAGAGAUGCAAAACAUCACGGUGAAGAUAUAUUUGGUGACAAGCCUUACAUGUUACCCGGUGAAUGGCAACACGUGAAUCCAAUAACUGGACGAAUUCAUGCUGCAGAUGAGCCCUGGGACGAUGAAGCGUUCAGCGGUCAAUCUCAAGCCGCCAUGCAGACGGGUCGACUAGUAUCUCACCUAGCCACACCAACGAUUCCGAAUUUACCAGAUCAUUGUAUGGCAGCAAUCACACCAGCUAAGUCGGCGACAGCGCCUUCUUGGUUCAAAGGAAAAAACUGGGAUCCCAAUUAUGUGAAACCUAUACCGCCACCAAUCCAAUAUGAACAACGAGGUGGCUUUGCAAAUCUCAACAACAGCAAUACAUACCACAAUAAUCGCCCUAACCCGUAUGCAAACCAGAACAAUGCCAGAGCAAGCGGAAGCGGGAGUGGAAAUGGUCUUUGCCCUGCGCUUGGUCCUGGAAGUUUUGUAAGAGGUUUAGGAGUGAACAAAAGUGGUGCUGUGAAUCAGAAGAACAAUGACGUGUCAACAAAGUGA